GCCGUGAUUGCAUCCCAAGGCAAGAAUUUCCUCCGGGUCGUAGGAGCCCGCCACGUGGCGUCCCGACGGCUCGCGCGCCCGCCCUAAACCGCCGCAAACCCUCGCCAAGCCCUCCCCCAAUCGAUGUCGAUUCUCUCUCUGCUCGCCUUUGCUGACGCGAAACCAUGACGAUCUACAGGUCGGUCAGAUCCCUAAUCGCCGGAAGCCCUAGGAAAUCGCGGACCUUCCUCACCGCCACCGCCACCACAACCGCCUCGACAGCCCCCGCUGCCGCCUCCUACGCUGUCCCAUCUCCGUUCACGCCCCUCUUCAUCAAUCCCUACCUCCAUUCCAGCUUCCCCAACAGGUUCCUCUCUCCACUCUCGAAAUGGAUGAUCGCGCGGCCCCCGCAGGGCCCGCUGUUCCUGUCCUUGCCGCCGUGGAAGCUCUCGCAGUCGGCGACGCCGCUCCACCUCCGGAGCGGUGCCGUCGUCCUGCGUAAAGUCGAGGCCUUGAAUUUGACACUCGAUUUGCUUCGGCGGAGGCGGAGGCUCGAGGCCAUGGCCGGAGUCGGGUCGGUGGCUUUAGAACCGAAGUUGGUGGAUCGGGGUGCUUCGGAGGAGAGGUCGAAUGAGGGUUUGGUAGAUGGUUUUGUGAAUUUGCCCAAUCUGAUUUCCAUGAGCCGUCUCAUUUCGGGUCCUUUGCUUGGAUGGAUGAUCGUGAAUGAAUGGUAUACUACCGCAUUCGUCGGGCUGGCCAUCUCGGGAGCAACUGAUUGGCUAGAUGGGUAUGUGGCUAGGAAGAUGAAUAUAAAUUCAGUUGUGGGUUCCUAUCUUGACCCCCUUGCUGACAAGGUUCUAAUCGGUUGUGUUGCUCUGGCUAUGGUACAUAAUGAUCUGCUGCCGGCUGAACUUGUUGGACUUGUUGUGUUGCGAGACGUCUUUCUAGUUGGUGGAGCAGUGUACAAAAGAGCUAGCGACUUGGGUUGGCAGUGGGCAAGUUGGUCUGAUUUCUUCAACGUCAAUGGGCCUCAUCGAGAAAAGGUUGAGCCUCUCUUUCUCAGCAAGGUAAAUACGGUUUUCCAAUUGGUUCUAGUUGCUGCCGCUCUCUUGCAGCCUGAAUUUGGAACCCCAGAAACUCAAUCAUACAUUAAAUACUUGAGCUGGUUAGUCGCAUCUACGACAAUUGCAUCCACUGCAGCAUACGGUGUGCAGCACAUGAGAAGAUCCACAGCCAUCCUAACAAAUCACUAGGCCUAAUUUUCUCUCGAUAUGGCUUACAGAGAUGGUGUCCAUAACUCAGAGUUGGGAAUUUGUGCAAUAUCUUUGAUCUUUCGAAUAAGGGAUCGCAGCCUUUAUUCAGAAUGUGAUCGCCAAAGAAAGAGGAUCACUGGUUAGCCAUGCAAAUCUUGGCACACUAAAACAGCGGCCAAGAGGGAAAUGCAAUUAUCAGACGAAUGGAUGCCCCUGCUCCUUCCAUGAGAUCACUUCUCACGGUAAUUUCGACUCGUGCACGUGGGCAUGAUGUGUACAAAACCAGGCUGCAUCAGGACGACAUUCAGAGACCAGAGCAUUUCAAUCUUGUGAACUUUUCCAUCAGUGCCAUAAUUUUCCAUGGCAACCUCGAGUUUGCUCCUUGCAGAUAUGUCUUCUGGAUGAUUUGUCUUACGUUUGUAAGGACACCUUGCUUCUUGUUCUCUCUCAUUUUACUUGAUUCUAUGCAUCGCCAACAAAGGCAUUUGAGCUCGGCGCGUCCUAUUCAUAGCAAAAUGUAAGAAGAAGUGUGAAGAUGCAGUUUUCGGUUGAGAAUUCUGGAUAGCUGAUGCAGUUUGGUAUUGCAAGCGAAGCAGACCUAUUGCUAAGUUACAGUGAUAUCAGCAAUUGCUGAUAAUCCUUUCCCUAUUCGUGACGUGCGGUUUUUUGUACUUUUCAAGCUCGUGGAAUAGAAGUUCAAAACGGCCAAGUAAUUCGACAUCA